AUGAGGAGUUCUUCAGAAUCAUCUAAAGGGAAGAAACGCCAACGAGAGGCCGAAAUUGAUGACGAUAGCGGCGACAAAAAUGAAAUUCUCUCUUUGGAGGACUGUCUUACAUUUAACGAUACUUUGGCGGCGCUUCGAAUGAUGCGAGCUCAGUUUCCCAACAUCGACAAGGUGUCAAUUCAGCCAUUCAUUUUGCAAUCACAGUUGUAUAGUAGUUUGAAAGACCGAACAGAGGUAGACAGGGAACUAGAGUGUCUAAAACGAGAAAAAGUAGUGCGUGUAUUCAAACUGAAUACUGGACAAGAUGAUCAUGCAAUAAUGUUUUUGGAUGACUAUCUGAAGCAGAUUGACCAUGUGUUAUCAAGAUUUGAAGAAAGGAUGCAACGUGGCAUGGAAAUUUUUCAGUGGUUUAAGACGCAUGUUAUUGAUUGCAAAUUGGAACCUAGUAUUGGACAUCAGGAGCUUUGCAGUCUUUUAUCUCUUGGAGGAAAGAUUAAAGACGAAGAUAUCUCCCUCUUGAUCAACGCUGGACUCAUAAAUCGCCAGCUUAUUGAUCCAAACGUGUAUUGGUUUGCAAUUCCAAGUAUUGGUUCUGUACUGAAAGGCAUUUCUCAGGGCAGAAAGGAACUUAUUUCUUUGCUAAAACGUACCAAAUAUAAAGAAAUGAUGAUGACAACUUUGCAGAAAAAACGUCUUCGCUUUUCUUCACUCGAUAUGAGAUUUCAUAUACGGGAUUUAAUUGGCUCUGGUUACCUCCGAACCGUGCAAUCACCGACAGGCUUACUUGUUCAGUUAUCGAAAGAUUAAAAUCAGGAGGACUGAAUCAUGUGGUUCUGUUUGUGCUAUCCUUCCCUCUUGUUUAUUAUCUUGUUGAAAGGUAAGUUGCUAUCACUUGAAUAUAUAAUAGAAUUCAGGGAAAAGUUCAAUUUUUACUCUGGUAUAUAAGUGGAUACUUAAGUUUCUCUCUCUUUCAUUUUAAAGAUGGUUGGAUGAGACUAUGUUUUACAUUCAUUAUUCCAAUUGUGUUGGAUGCUCUUAAGUAGUUGGUUUUUUCAUUACUAUUUCUUUUUAAUUAUUAUUCUGUUACUAGGACUGAAUCUUUUUGGUUUGUUUCAAUCAUUGCUAGGUUCAAGGUAAUUUCAUGAUAGAGGUUGGACAUUUUUGUGACAUGAUUUAGGGUGUUAGUUGAAUUCAUAUAUGUAUCUGGAAGCGGCGUCGCACGUAAUCUUUGCUGCCGAGUUCUGUGAUAUGAUUUAGGGUGUUAGUUGAAUUCAUAUGAUUUAUUGGUCGAUUCAUUGAUAAUUUUCUAAAUUAGUUAUGAUUUUGAAGAGAUAUUAAUUGCAACAUUUAAAUUCAUAGCUUUGUACAAUGGAAUUAAAAUUUAAGAUUAAAAUUGACACAUUAACCUACCUAAUCAAGGGUUAAAUGAUAUUUUUCAUAGAAUUUAAAGUUUCUCUUCCUUCUGGAUGCCUCAAGUAUUUUUUGCUUGCAGACUGAGAUAGAAGUUAAGAGGAUAAGCCACAAAAGCUGAUCAUAAGCCAUCAUCACAAGGCUGGUAAGUGGAUGUGUAUUCUUAAACUUGUUAUUUUUUCUCAUUAUUGAUUUGUUACCAAAAUGGGAAAUAAGAACUAUUGAAUUUGUGAAUGUUUUAGUUUAUGUUGGCACUACCUUAGUUCAGUUGUAUGUGAACAUUCAAAUGACCCACUUGUAGUACUUUUGUAACAUUUGGGGGGAUUUCUUCUAAGAUUUCAGAAUCAUGGGGCUACAUAUUUUUCUUUUUUCCAUUUUCAUUUUUAAAUUAGUAUCUGUAUGAUUGAAAUGUCAAUUGACUGUUGAUACAUUAAUGAUAUAUUUAAUUAAUACUGA